UAGGCUAUAUGGAGUGCAAAAGACAAAAAAAAUCAAAAUUGUUCGGCUUUUAAUAACUUCAUAACCUUUCCUUGGGGAGACCGUUCCGUUUGCCGGUGAAUUAAAAAUGAGCAAAAUCCCAACUCAGCAGCAGCAGCACAAGCAACGUCAGAGCAGCCUUCCAAACCCCGGCAUAACCCACGCACCAUCAGAACAACCCCUAGAGGAAAUGGUUGCCGGUAAUGGUGGUGAAAAAGGCAAUCGGAACUUUCCAUCGCACCGCUGCUCCGUCAGCUAUGAUGUGGACCUGGUGAAGCUGCUAAUAUCCGCCAACACCGUACCACGCAGGCUCGCUCGCUGGUGGCACCGGCUAUGCCUGAUCGAUCAUCACAGCCCCAUCGCGAGGCUCGCCUUUCGCAGCGAUACGGCAAUCAAGCGCGAAAUGUCACGCCAGCUUACCUACUACCCGGGCACGAUACAUCCGCUGAGCUAUUUCCGCUUCAUCUGGAACUGUCUGAUGAUAGUAACGUUCGCGAGCGUCUUCCUGCUGAUACCGUACGACAUAACGUUUCUGUACCGGAUCGAGGACUACUAUCCCUUUACCGCGUUUCAUAUGGUGCUGUUGGGCGCGGAUUUCAUUUGCCUGGUUGAUGUGGUGAUAAACCUGUACACCGGGACGUACGACCGCCAAUCGCAGCGUGUCGAUCUGAACAUGAGCGGCGUCCGGAAGCGUUACCUGCGCUUUUGGUUCUGGAUCGAUGUCAUCACCUCGGCACCGGAUCCACUGUUGACGAGGCUCAUUCCCACCACAACGUUCGACAACUCGCUGGUGUACUGUCUGCAUCGGCUCAACUUCCAUGCCGGCUGCCUGUGGGAUCUGUGGAGUUUGCUGUCGGUGAUGAAGAUCUUCCGCUUCCGGACGUUCCUGCGCUACAUCCGCGGCCUUUGUGAGUGGUUCGGGCUGCGGCGCAAGGUGAUCAAGUUCAUCGCCAUCCUGGCCACCGUGCUGACGGUGUUCCAUUGGAGCACGUGUCUAAUGUUUCUGGUGCUCCGGUUAGCGCAAGGAACUGAUCCAGCCCAGAUCGAUCAGCGCUCCUGGACGAUGAAAAUUUCGUUCUGGAAUCAAACGUCUUUGGUUCGCUACAUGGAAUGCUCCUACCGCACGCUGUACACCGUGGCACACAUCACGCACGACUUCAGCGAGUCCAUGACCUACGACGAUAUGCUGAUGUCCCUGGCCUACACCAUCAGUGGCUACAUCCUCAAGAUUUACCUGCUAGCGGAGUUGCUUAUUUUCAUACGCAUUCUGUUUUCCAGCGCCAGCAAGUAUCACGAGUAUCGGUACGAGCUGAGCAACUACAUGCGCCACGAGCAGCUGCCGGCCGCGCUGCAGCAGCAAAUCUUGAGCUUCUACGACUUCCGCCAUCCGAAGAUCUACAGCCGCUGGUCGCUGAUCCGGUCCGUGCUGGGGGAGCAGCUUUACGGAGAGAUGCGCAUGCAGCUGGUGGGACCGCUGCUACGGGGCUGUCCCCUGUUUCGGGCCGUGUUUACCGACCAGCAGCUGAUGGCGUUGGCACUCGGCAUGCAGUACCAGCUAUUCAUGAGGAACGAUAUUAUUGCCCGCUGGAACGGUGACGAGCGGGCCUGGCACAUGGUGUUCAUCGUGUCCGGCACGGUCGCCCUGUACACGAGCGGCUGGCAAAAGGUGCUGCACCUGGAGGAUGGGGAGCAUUUCGGAGAAUUUCAGCUGCUCUUUGAUGCGAACACGGUGAAAUUCCCCAACAUGGUAGCGGUGGAAAACUCUCAGCUUUAUAUCUUGUCCCGGGACUGGUUGGAACGGUUUCUGCAACCGCACCCAGCGCUGCGCCUGCAUCUAAUCGACCUGGCAACGGAACACCUGCACCAGAUGGAACAAAUGCAGCGUGGCAGCGUGCUGGAAGCGCUGGAACAUGUCGAGACGGUGCGAAUGCAACCCACCACCGGCACCAGCAGUGCCAAGCCGCACCAGCGUUAGCAGCAACGAACGACCGAGUGCGCAGUGCGUUUCCUGCCCGGCCCGGAUGAAUAAAUCCCACCGUGGAGCCGCUUACCUGGGCCGCUUCCGACUGCCACCUCAAUCCGGGCCCCGGCGACAAUCAAUCAUUUCCGGAACUGGAGAGAAACUGUGCCGAGGUGGGUCGAUUUGAUUCUGUUUGCACCGAGCGAUGGUAACAUUAUUUCCCCCCCAGAGCAACAUUUCCACCCACCCACCUUCCCCACGGGAAACGGUAUUGUGUUGUUUGGUGGCGAUAUUUUUCCUCUCUCGCUCUCUUUUUGUUGCCACUUUUCCGAUUUAUUAAUAUUAAGUGUGGCAAUCGCUACACGAUCGCCGGCUGCUUCACCCAAGGAUGGCACCCGAGGCCCUUCUUUCAACGGUGCAAACGAAUUUAAUUAAAUAUUUCACUUUGAAGCGGCAUGUGCGAAGCGACGACUUCGGGUGGGUGGAGCCCAAUAAAUCAGUUAACACGCGGCAGGUUGAAGAUA